AUGUUUGCCGUCAAGGGCUGGUCUGUCUCGGCAGACAAUCUCAAGCCUGAGGCUGGAGGUGCCCCGGGAGACGCCCCGGCCAAAAAGUCAAAAAAGAGGAAGAGGGCAUCCCAGCCCGAAAAUGUCACGCCCUCUAACAUUGGCGACAUGUGGGAGAAGGUCAUCGACAACAAGGGACCAAAGCAAAAGCCCGUAAAGCCAGAAAAGGCUCAGCCCAAGGACACGGAGAAGCAGCCUGAGAAGUCGGACAAGUCCAAGAAGCGGCAAAAGCUGAACUCAGGUGAUGCCAAAUCGGACGAGCAGUCCAGCCCAAAGAAGCCUUCUGCCAAGAAAGCAGGAAAGCAGGAACAGGAGCCAGCGGACGCGGACGCGGACGCGGACGCCAAGCCAUCCAAAAAGGACAAGAAGGACAAGAAGAAGCGGAAGAAGGACAGCCAGGAGACAGAUGAUACCCCAAAGACAAAGGGUGCCGCCACCAAGGCCGUCACGCCCGUACCAGCGCCGCCAAAGCUCACCCCGCUGCAGGCCGCGAUGCGCGAGAAGCUCAUCUCGGCCCGCUUCCGCCACCUGAACGAGACGCUCUACACCCGGCCCUCGGCCGAGGCCUUCAACCUGUUCAAGGAGUCCCCCGAGAUGUUCACCGAGUACCACGAGGGCUUCCGCCGGCAGGUGGAGGUGUGGCCGCAGAACCCGGUCGAGAGGUUCCUCGCCGAGAUCCGCACGCGUGCGCGCCAGCGCCACCCGCCCAGGGGCAAGCAACAACAGCAGGGUGGUGGUGGUGGUGGUGCUGCUGCUGCUGACGUGCAGCCGCUGCCUCGCAACCGCGCGACCAACGUGUGCACCAUCGCGGACCUGGGGUGCGGCGACGCGCGCCUCGCGUCGGAGCUGCAGCGGGACAAGGGCAAGCUCAAGGUCGACGUGCUCAGCUUCGACCUGCACAGCCCCUCGCCGCUGGUGACCAAGGCGGACAUCGCGAACCUGCCGCUGGCCAACGGCACCGUGGACGUGGCCAUCUUCUGCCUGGCGCUGAUGGGCACCAACUGGGUGGACUUUGUGGAGGAGGCGUACCGCGUGCUGCGGUGGAAGGGCGAGCUCUGGGUGGCCGAGAUCAAGAGCCGGUUCGGCGGGGGCAUGCGCAAGGGCGGCGGGCCGGGCGGCGUGGUGGAGCACAGCGUCGGAAACAGGCGGAACCCGGGUGCGGGCGCCGCGGCGCCGCCGCCCAAGAAGGGUGCCAAGAAGGCGGCCGAGGCCGCCGCCAACGAGGCCACGCUGCUGGUCGAGGUCGACGGCGAGGACGACACGAGGCAGCAGACGGACGUGUCGGCGUUCGUCGACGUCCUGAACAAGCGGGGCUUCAUGCUGCAGGGGCAGGACCAAGGCCGCGGGGCCGACGCCGUCGACCUGAGCAACAAGAUGUUCGUCACGAUGCGCUUCGUCAAGUCGGCCCCCGCCGUCAAGGGCAAGUGCGCGCAGAAGGAGGAGGAAAAGGACAGGCUGAGCGGAAAGCCGGCUUUUUUGAAGAAGCCCAAAUUUAUCGACGACGAGUCCAAGAACGUGAACGAGGCCGCCGUGCUGAAGCCCUGCGUCUACAAGAUCCGAUGA